AUGGUCGGUCAUCAUUUGCUCCCCCGGAUUAAUCAUCGGACCUCUGGAUCGAACUCAGUGACUUCAGCCAAGCAGGAGCAGGACAUGUAUAACGGGGAGUCAGACAGCAAGCCAGACCGGAAAAGCCUCCUCUUUGAGUACCAGAACAUCAGCGAGAGUCACCACUCUCUCACUGAAGCCAACACUGAACUGACAAAAGAAAAAGAUGUUUUGAAGGAGCAGAACAAACUCCUCAACAGGACUUCACACAAACUUCUCUCCGUCAAUCGAGCUCUGAGUUCUGAAAGAACCGAGUUAACCGAGAAGAUUUCUAAUUUGACUUCUGCAAAUCUACAACUCACAGAAGAGCAGGAGCGAAUGGUCCAGUUCACAGCGGAGCAGGAGGAGAAGGAGCUGAACAUGUCUGAGACCAUCAGACGCCUGGACGCCUCCGUCAGCCAGAGAGAGGAGGAGAAACAGCGAGCGUCUGAGACGGUUGACCUCCUGAGGGACGAGCUGAUUCAGGUGAAGGAGAAGAAUCAGGAACUGGUGGAAGUCAACGACGAGCUUCAAGGAGAGGUUCGAAAUCUGAAUGAGAGUUUAGCAGCUUUGACGGGUGAGGACUGUGAGGAGCACAACGCGCAGCUUCAGGAGAGAGUGACAGAGCUGCAGGAGCAGAAGCAGAACCUGAGCAGCGUGUUGAUGAAGGAGAGGCGGGAAGCGGCGGAGCGAGAGGAGAGCGUGAGGAACGAGGUGAAUCGAACGGCGGCAAUGCGGGAGGCCUACCACGCCCUGGACCUCUACUGCCCCGUGGUCAAUCACAGGACUAAAGAACGAAAUUGCAAAAGAUGUCCGGAGAGUUGGAGACUCUUUAAGAACAAGUGUUACUUCUUCUCCUCCCGCACGCUCACCUGGAGCUCCAGCAGAGCCUGGUGCCAGACGCAAGGGGGCGACCUACUCGUCAUCGACAGCGACCCUGAACAGAUGUUUAUCUUUGAGAGCAGCCAGGCUCUGCAGCAGAGCGGCUCCAAGCUGUGGAUUGGGAUGACGGACGCAGACGUGGAGGGGGAAUGGAGCUGGGUGGACGGCAGUUCGGUUACUGCAAACAGACAGUACUGGCUGAGCAGACCAGGAAUCGGGACUGAGCCUGACGACUGGAGGCAGGAAGACCCUUUAGGAGAAGACUGCGGACACAUCGACACCAGUGAAAACGCGCUCACAUCGUGGAUGGAUGGCUCCUGUAAGAAACCUUACGGAUGGAUCUGUGAAAAGGAAGUGUAG